AUGGCUGCUGUGUACUUUGAACGUGCUGGGGUAGUGGCUGAGCAGGAAGUGGGAGGAGCAAGAUGGAGGGAGUUUGUGAACCAUUCCCAGAUAUCUCCCAUCAUCUGUGAUAAGGAUGAAGACAUCCUUAGCUACAUGACCAACCUACAGGUGGUCAAACUCAAGCAUCCCAGGAAUCGCUUCAAGAUCAGGUUGUUCUUCCGCAGCAAUCCUUACUUCUCUAAAACAGUGAUUGUUAAGGAAUAUCGAGAUAACAUCAAUGGCUAUAGAGCAUAUCGUUCCUCUCCAAUUAAGUGGCUUCAGGGUUAUAUGGGUGAAGCUCCAAGGAGCAUGGCAUAUAACAACAGUGUCAGCAUUUUCAACUGGCUUGUGGACCACGACUUUGUAGACUCCAGCAGGAUUGCUGAGGUGGUUGCUCACUGGGGGAAAUUCUAA